AUGAAUCUGAAUCACACUCGGACCCUCGCCUUGAGGAACAAACCUCAAGCUCCAGUCGAAUUGCUUCCCAGCGACCACUCUGCUUACCUUCACCAACAACCCAAAUCCGUUAAGCUUCUAGAUACACUCCUCAUGGAUAUUCAUCAUUGGCUAGCGAUACUAUGCCUGAUUGAAGUUGCUAAGAUGUACGACGAGCUUGCUGGAGUCUCUCACAAGCUCGCGAGGAGAGAUAUCGUCUUCUCGAGAUUGAAAAAAGCAAUAACAUUGUGGGAGGAAGAGCAAGUAUUCAAGGCUGAAUCUCGCAAGGAUUCUCCAAAACCAGGAGAAAAGUUCUUCUCGACCUUCCCUUUCCCGUAUAUGAAUGGUUAUCUACACAUUGGGCAUGCCUUCUCACUUUCCAAGAUCGAUUUUGCUUCUGCUUAUCAUAGACUAAGAGGCGCUAAUGUGCUCCUUCCAUUUGGCUUCCACUGUACUGGAAUGCCAAUUAAGGCUUCUGCGGACAAGCUUGCUCCUUUGCCGGGUCAGUUCAAGGGAAAGAAGUCAAAGGUAGCUGCGAAAUCCGGUGGACAGGUUCAUCAGUGGGAGAUUAUGCGCAGUUUUGGCCUCACUGACAGUUGUGAUUGGAGACGGUCGUUCGUGACCACUGAUGUUAAUCCGUUUUUCGAUGCCUUCGUGAGGUGGCAGAUGAGGAAGUUGAAAUCUAUGGGGAAGAUUGUGAAAGACCGUAGGUACACGAUAUUCUCACCUCUAGAUGGGCAGCCUUGUGCUGAUCACGACCGUGCUACUGGUGAAGGUGUUCAGCCUCAGGAGUACACUCUUAUUAAGAUGGAAGUAGUGAAGCCGUUUCCUCUGAAGCUGGUCCUUUGGAAGGAAAGAGAGUGUUUUUGGCUGCAGCUACUUUGA